GUCCCGACUGUCAGGACAAACAGGAAGUAGGAGAUUUCUAGGUUACUGGAUACAAUGUUUUAACGACACGGCCAAAAUGCACACGGGGAAAAUGGUGCAGAGCACUGUUAAAUAUAAAGUACUAACAAGCGAUGUUCAAGAUGAAAGGGAAAAUUCAGAUGAGGACGAUGGAAUUACGAUAGAUUUCAACUCACUCAUCGUUCAGCAAAGAAGAACAAGAAAAAGAGACACCUGUGUCAGGGUCACAGUGGCUGUGAUUCUUCUGGGAAUUGUUUUCGGAUUUGUGAUCUAUGAGUGGAAUGGCUAUUGGCCUGGAGUUGGGGAGCGUCAGGACCUGUCAAAUCAUCAAGAGACCAACAAGACACACAAGAUUUCUGAGGAUGAAGAGAGCGACCAGCACGAACACCACCACCACAAUGACCAUGACCACAACCACGAAGACGGACAAGAUCAUGAUCAUGCUCUUGAAGAUCAUGAUGAUCAUGCUCAUCAUAGUCACACUCAUGAGCACAGUCAAUCACUGUACCACAAUGCUGCUAUCAUCAGAGACUCAGCAAACUGCUCCAGUAUUGGUAAGGAGCUUCUUCAGGAGAGAGGGAAUGUGGUCGAUGCUGGGAUUGCUGCUUUACUCUGCCUAGGAGUUGUUCAUCCACACACUGCUGGGUUAGGUGGAGUGUUUUCUGCAAUUUUGUACAAUCACACUACAAGAUCUUUUAAAGCGAUACAUGACACUUCUCAGAAGCUGCCUACAUAUGGCACUCCCUCAUUAUUGCAGGGCCUUCAACUGCUGCAUUCCAACUACGGGCAUUUAGAAUGGAGGCGACUUUUUGAGGGCGCCACAAAAGUCGCCAAAGAGGGUUUCCUCAUUGAUGGAAUCCUCUCUAGGGCUUUAGAAACCCACAAGGACAAAAUAUUCCAGUCAGGACUGUGUGAUCUGUUCUGCGAUACGGCCGGCCGUGUGAAAUCAGAGGGAGAGCGUGUCGCCAACGGGAAUCUAUCAGACCUUUUGCGGAGCGUCAGCCUAAAUACCUCCCAUUUCCCAGAAAACCUGGCCGUAAAAUUGGCUCAAGACAUUUCUGAAGCAGAGAAACCAGCUUUCCUUGCUGCCGUUCAGGCCGGCAGCGGAGAAAUCAAUGAGCCCCUUAUCGUGGCAAAGGAGAAAUACAGCAUUCUUUCACCCCCCUACCAGCUCACAGGUGGAAUGGUAUCCAAUAUAUUAGAUCGAGUGCGAGAGCAAAACCUCACUUUUCCGAGUCACGGAGAUCUCAGUAAUGCCUUUGCCUCUUAUAAUGCUCUCUUCAAUUUGGCAAAUGAAUUCUUCAACACGAGUCAGAGAGAGAUAUUGACAUUAAAUACCACAAGCAGUCAUAUAGGUGUCCUCGAUAGUCACGGCAAUUUCAUAGUAAUCUCCACCUCUCUCAACAGUGCAUGGGGAUCUGGGAAAUACUUACCAAGUAGUGGAGUGAUUCUCAAUGACUUUACCUCAGACAUCACUCAGGAGCCUUAUUUUAGUUUUCCUCUAGUGCUAAAUAUAACUGAAGAUGGUGCGGAUGAUCCUGAGGAGAAGCAGUUUGUGGCUGUGACCGGAGGGCUUUCUGCCUUGCUUCAUUCUGUGGUUAUUCUGAGAAACCUGGCUGACGAUGGACUGUCUGCUUAUGAGACUGCGAGCAACCCUCUGCUCCAUAUAGAGCAGGGGGAUGCGGGGUCUCUGUCUGGCUGUAUUUCUGGUGUCACAAACAGCUCUGUUGUCUUCCGGUUGCUUUCAGAGGGAGACGGGCCCGUACGGGAGGUGGGUGAAUGUUCAGAUUGCUUUCUGUCCAUGCUGCUGCAACUGAGAGCAGAACAUGUAGGAGCCUACGGAGCCCCUGCUACUGAGGUCCAUGCUGAUGGAUACUAAUGCAAAAAAAAGGUCAAUAGUGGCAUAUCAUGUAAAAAUGAUACUUUAUGCACUUUUAGAGCAUUGCACUCGUACCACACAUGACUUACGUUAUGUUCAGCCUAUCAGUACUGGGAAUUACAUGUAUGUGAAUGUAAUUUUUGUUUGUGCUAAAAAUAUUUUACUGGUGAUUUAAAAGACAGCCUUUUUUGAUUGUUUUCUUUUCAAAGUAAUUCUUCAUCUGUUUUUCCACAAGCAAGCUAUAUCUUAAACAUUCUAUCCUUUUCUAGAAGCGGCUUGUUGUUGAGAUGUCUUUUGUGUAAUUUUUUUGUUAAAUCUUAUGAAUCAUAGGUUAUGCAAUGCGCACAGACUGUAACAGGUGAAAUGAUUUGUUGAACCUUAUGAGUGAAGGAAUGCCGCUUUAUAACAUUGUUUUAUUACACAUAUUUUUAUGUAGUUUUAUACCUUUUUAUAAUGCUUGACUAGUGUGUAUGUUAAGGUUAUUUGCUUCUGGACUUGCUUGUCAGAAUUAUGUGUUUACUUAGAUGAAUUAAUCUUAGAUGUUUAUGAUUUGUUUAUGAAAGCUUCAUUCUUUUGCUGUUUAUAAAAAUCUCAAAAACGUGACUGCAGUUUUGUAUGAAUUCGUACAAUGUGAAUCGUAUGGAAUUUUAGGGAGAAAAAAAGGUCCACCCCCAGUGAAAUCCUAUGAAAAUGCAUGAAUGAGAUUUUAUGAAUUCAUACAAAUUCACAACCAAUUCGAUUAAAAAUUAGUUAUGAAUUGCAAUGAUAGUGCAUUUUUUUUAUAGAUCUGUUUUGCACAGAGAGCAGCUGGAAUUUUGUGCUGAUGCAAAAUAUCUCACCGCUGCUGAAGCUGAUUUUGUGAUUGUAAAAAUAAUCUGGUGGUCUGUCUUCAUUGUGCUGAUUUACUGCACUGUCAGUUUUGAUUUGAGUCAGUUUGCUGUUCCCCUCAUCCUUUGCAUUGUGAAGCCAGGAAUUAUGGGAAGAAUACAUCAAGACUCCCCCAUUUUUGUUUCAGAAUCUUGCAUUAUUGCUUAAAGCUGGAAUGUGUGCAUUUUCUGAUUUAUCAUCUUUUGUUUGCAAUUCUGGUUGAUGUCGGGAAGGGAAUUAUAGACUUUGUAUGUUAAUGUCUGCUAAAACCACUAGUUUCUUUAUCAUUACUACUGAAAUAACAGCACACGGAUGUGGAACGCACAAAAUAUGAGAGAAACCUGCACUGAGAGAAAAUGCACUGAUGCCAAAAAUGCUUGAAUCCCAAUAAAAUGUAAAUUAUGAAUAGAAACACUGCUUUAAUGAAACAAUGAACCUUUGAUGUUUCACUGGUGAAACAUUUAAAAUGACUUUAUUCCUACUGUAUGUCUUGAAUUGACUGCAUUAAACUGCUUUCCAGUUUUUCCAGAA